AUGGACGUGGACGUGGACGUGGACGUGGACCUGGAAAUGGACGUGGACGUGGACGUGGACGUGGACGUGGACGUGGACAUGGACAAGGACGUAGAAAUGGACGUGGACGUGGACGUGCACAUGGACGUGGACGUGGACGUGGACAUGGACGUGGACGUGGACAUGGACGUGGACGUAGAAAUGGACGUGAACGUGGACGUGGACAUGGACGUGGACGUAGACGUGGACGUGGACGUGGACGUAGACGUGGACGUGGACGUGGACGUGGACGUGGACGUGGACGUGGACGUGGACGUGGACAUGGACGUGGACGUGGACGUGGACGUGGACGUGGACGUGGAAAUGGACGUGGACGUGGACCUGGACGUGGACAUGGACGUGGACAUAGACGUGGACGUGGACGUGGACGUGGACGUGGACAUGGACGUGGACAUGGACGUGGACGUGGACGUGGACGUAGAAAUGGACGUGGACGUGGACGUGGACGUGGACGUGGACGUGGACGUGGACGUGGACGUGGACAUGGACGUGGACGUGGACGUGGACGUGGACAUGGACGUGGACAUGGACAUGGAGGUGGACGUGGACGUGGACGUGGACGUGGACAUGGACGUGGACGUGGACGUGGACGUGGACGUGGACGUAGACGUGGACGUGGACAUGGACGUGGACUUGGACCUGGACGUGGACAUGGACGUGGACAUGGACGUGGACGUGGACGUGGACGUGGACAUGGACGUGGACGUGGACGUGGACGUGGACGUGGACGUGGACAUGGACGUGGACGUGGACAUGGACGUGGACAUGGACGUUGACAUGGACGUGGACGUGGACAUGGACGUGGACAUGGACGUGGACGUGGACGUGGACGUGGACGUGGACAUGGACGUGGACAUGGACGUGGACUUGGACGUGGACGUGGACAUGGACGUGGACGUGGACAUGGACGUAGACGUGGACGUCGACGCGGACGUGGACGUGGACGUGGACAUGGACGUGGACGUGGACGUGGACGUGGACGUAGAAAUGGACGUGGACGUGGACGUAGAAAUGGACGUGGACGUGGACGUGGAUGUGGACGUGGACGUGGACAUGGACGUGGACAUGGACGUGGACGUGGACGUGGACGUGGACAUGGACGUGGACGUGGACGUGGAUGUGGACGUGGACGUGGACGUAGUUAUGGACGUGGACGUGGACGUGGACGUGGACAUGGACGUGGACAUGGACGUGGACAUGGACGUGGACAUGGACGUGGACAUGGACAUGGACGUGGACAUGGACGUGGACGUGGACAUAGGCGUGGACGUGGACGUGGACGUAGAAAUGGACGUGGACUUGGACGUAGAAAUGGACGUGGACGUGGACGUGGAAGUGGAUAUGGACGUGGACAUGGACAUGGACGUGGACGUGGACGUAGACAUGGACGUGGACGUGGACGUAGAAAUGGACGUGGACGUGGACGUGGACAUGGACGUGGACGUGGACGUGGACGUGGACAUGGACGUGGACGUGGACAUGGACGUGGACGUGGACGUGGACGUGGACAUGGACGUGGACAUGGACGUGGACGUGGACUUGGACGUGGACGUGGACGUGGACGUGGACGUGGACGUGGACGUGGACAUGGACAUGGACGUGGACGUGGACGUGGAGGUGGACGUGGACGUCGACGUGGACGUGGACGUGGACGUGGACGUAGACGUGGACGUAGACGUGGACGUGGACGUGGACGUGGACGUGGACAUGGACGUGGACGUGGACAUUCAGCCAGGCGCUUGGUGA